AUGCUAUCACCGAGCCUCUCCAAGUUGAGGAAAGACUUCCAAGGAUGGAGUCAGCAGGAGCUGGAGGCCGACGUAAAGAGAUCGGGUAGACUAAAACGUCGGGCAAGAUGGCUUAGCUCUGAGGAUGCCAAUGUAACCACAGCCGCUCUCCUCGGAGUGAAGUGGGACAUGGCGGAUGUCCAUGAAGGACCAGAUGAAGUCCUAGACCGCACCGAAGGACCUUUGCGAUUAUACGACAUCGUGAACGGGGUAGUAGAAGACUGGGAUGGAGCAGCAUACUGGACAUUGUCCUACGUUUGGGGCGAGUGGGAACAAAAAGGAGACGGCCGGCCCUCGGUCGCAAUGAAAAAGCAGCUGGAGAUCCUCCCAAGCAUCUUGGGCAUCACCAAGAUCUGGAUAGAUGCCCUUUGCAUCAGGCAAGAUGACAGCCAGGAGGUACAGAAACAGAUUGCAGUGAUGGGGGCAAUCUACAGGAAAAGCCUUGGAGCUGUGGCUAUGAUACCACAACUUGAAGGACUCGGCAUCGAACGGAUUCCCGCGAACACGACACGGGCAAAGGCCCAGAAAUGGGGAAGGAAGGUAGAGAAAAAGUUGGAGGAAUCAGUUUGGAUGUCACGUAUCUGGACGUUUCAGGAGGCGGUCUUGCCACCGAGGCUGCUCAUGGUAUGGGGCGAGUCCGUCUGUUCCUUCGCAACGCUCAUGUGGCUCAUGCGCGAGGUGCAAGUGGGCACGGUGUUGCGGCCCGGCAAGAUCAUUCCGCACAUACUACAAAAGUCUGGAGCAACCAGGCUGAAGAACUUUCUCAGGAGUGGUGACUACGGUGGGGAGGUGGAAGGCUGUUCUUGUACCUCCGGAUUGGAAGUGUUACACGCCGGGCAGAACAAGUGGAGGCUCUUCACCAUCGGCGCAACACGCCUCAAGGAUUUGGGACGCCUUGGGAAGCUGACUGCGGGGUUGCCGGUGGGCCAUCUGGACGAUCUGGCUGAGGUGAUGAGCAAGACCGUGCGCUUCGAGACCGAUCCCUCGACCAUACCACAUGAAGGAACCACCGGCAAGUAUUCACACAAGAACAUCCACCAGUACACGGCAAACCCGAGCACUACUGAUCGCAAGACAGAAACCUCACCACGCCUCACAGAGAUAUCCAUCCAACAAGGAUGGGACAACCUAAAACACAAACCCCGCGUCUUGCAGAGCAGAUCCCUCUUCAUUGCGAUCGCCUCCAACUGCGCAAUCCUAGCAGCGCUCGCCAUGGUCCCGCAAACACAAUCCGCCAACAUCAACACGUCAGCGUACUACGGCUUUAACGUCCUCCUCGUCCUCGUCGGAACCGCGACAGCAGCUCACCUCGAAUACCUAGCUCUCAACCUCUCAAGGGUAGCACCGUUCAUGCUAUGCGCCACAGAGCAGGGGGCAUCGGCCCGAGACACCGUUCUCCGGAGAUACUUCCCCGCGCCGCCGGUGUGGAACGCGUGGUGGGCGAGAGACUGGCUGUUACUCUCCUCUCAUACCAUGUACUGGCUGAGUUACCUCAUCAUCGUCCUCGACUCCGUCGUCUUCUACAAGGAGGUGCAGGACCUCGGUGGAGUCGUGUCGCUCCGCGUGAACGCGACCAUCUGCCACAUACUCGUCAUCGUGUACUGCGUGAUCCAGCUGUAUUUGGCUCUGUUGAUCUGCAGCUUAUGGAACAAGACCACGGGUCUGCGAUGGGACCCUGACACGAUGGCGGAUAUUUUAGCCCUCUUUCGCUACUCAGACUUUAGGGACAGAUUCGAGGGGUCGUCGGUCGCGACGCCAUCGUCGAUGUUGGAUCAACUGGGAGAUAUGAGUAUCCGACUUGGGUAUUGGCAGAGAGAGAAUGGGGACUACUGGCAUGGUUUCGGCUCUUUCAGCAAAGGCAAAGGAAAAGAGGAGAUGCUUCCAAUAUCGGGCGAGAACAUCCCUUCGGGGCCACCCGUCUUGGAGCUUCGACACAUGCGUCAAGAAACAUCGACCGAGAACCCCAGCAGCCAAGCCAAACCCAUCGAGAAGCCCCCAAAAGCGCCUGAUACCAAAUACCAAACCGAAACCAUCACAAAACAAGAACUCGCCAGACUCCGCCACAACCCAACCUCAACCCCCACAAUCGCAAGACCCCCAACGGUCCUCAUAACCGCCUUCCUCGCCGCAGGCCUCGCAGUCCUCUUCAUCGCCGGAAUCGCCCUCACCAGCCCGAGCGACGAGAGCGAGGAAUUCUGCUGGGAGCUCCCCGCUCUCGAGCGCACCUGGGCGCACGUCAUAUUCGACGCCAUCCCGAUGGCCCUCGCGCUGCAGAUCUCGUACUUCUGGAACGCCUUUUCGCUUUUCAUGGCCCAUACAGAGCCGUUCGCACGCAUGUCCGAUCAGUCCACCAACACGGCCGCGCGAACCCUCCUCUUCGAACCAAACCGCGCCAGAAGUCCCCUAGGAAUUCGUGACUCCUUCAAGCACAACCACCACAAACUCGCCCGCGUCACGCUCUGCGCUCUGCUUUACAAAGUCGCCAUGCCCCCCCUAACAGCCUCCGGCAUCGUCGUCUACGAAAUCCCAGAGACGCGCGGUAGCAAAGUCUGCUUCCACCGCCCGACAUCCGUCCUCUGCGCCGCCGCCUUCGCCCUCUUCGCCAUCCGCAUCUUCCUCGAAGGCCUCCGAGACAUCCAGCCCGGACGGACGCCGAGAACAUACUCCACCAUCGCCGACCUCCUCUCCUGGGCCAGCGCAAGCGAAGCCCUGAAACUCGGCCCGAAGAAUCACGAUGCCGCACGGCGCCAGCAGCCCUGGGACGACCCUCUCCGUCUGGAGGUCGAAGGGGAGCAGAGCGAGCGGUGGUGGAUGGAGAAACGGCUCGAGAUGAAGAUGAACCACGUACACAUCGGAUUCGGAAGAGUCCCUGGGAGGGAACACUUCGCCUUUGGCUUUACCGACGAGGAGCCCGAGAUCCUGCCGCGGGUGAAGACGUCUGGGGGUUUCAGACGGGUGGAGGUGGACUCGGAGGAGGGUGUGGGCGGUGAAGAGCUUGCUGUCGUGGUGGGAAGUAGCGGACGGAGAUACGAAAUUCUGCGGUCGCGCGGAGGUGGUGGUGGUAGUGGUGGUGCUAGAAGCACCUCGUCGGAAGCUCCUUUGCCAAGCGAGAAGAUGGUGUAUGCGUGA